AUGUUUGAGAUUUAUUCAUACCGCCCGCCUGACGCCUUCGCCCGUAUUGAGCAUAACCGCCUCGAAAUCGCUCGCCGUAAGCAGCAACACCGGUUAGGAAUCGAAAAUGCACCCCCGCUGAUUCCGCAAUUCACCGGUUAUCCCGACAAGUCUAUUCGUAUAGGGCUCUGUGUCCUAAUACGGUCGUACAGCUAUCGACUAGGCGAAGAUGAUGAGGAUGAGCUUGCUGAGGCAGGUGAAGGCCCAGACAUGCUCUACUUCAACCGCUCGUUUUCCGGCACGUGCAGGUAUCAUGAAAAUUUCUCACCAGAAGUAUUCGAGUUGACCACUGAGCGUGUUAAGAAUCAGAAUGACGUCGGAGAGAUUGUUGUACUUGACAUGUUUCUCGGCGUCGGUCGUGCUGGGACACGAGACGCUUUGGACAUAGACGAGGGUGGGCCUCCUAGCUCAGAUAGACUAUCAGAAGAGGAAAUCCGUGAUCAACUUAGCCAGGAAACUGCAGUUGGCGGCUUCUCUCUUGAUCCGGUAUACCGGGUUACUCAGGAUGCCGAUAUCAUAACAGUCAGCAAUACUACUGAGGGAAACAUCUCUGACAUUCAAUAUAUUGUGCAUGCGCUUUUUCUCAGCUCUAUCCGCGAUACAGCAGGCUCCUCUCUUUUAGAAAGUACAGCACGCCUCUUUACAGCAUCAAUUGUCCCCCACCUCCAGGCCAAUAAAACUCUGACUCUCAAGUUCUUUAUCCCAAAGUCCCCUACUUGGACGGCCAUCCGCCCUGCUCGAACUGAAGUUAUUGAAGCUCUAUCCUCUGAAUCAAACCAAGAAGGGGACCAAGAAGACCCCUUCCCGAUCGGUGCCCUGCACACCUUCUAUACAGGUGACGAGCAAUCCCCUGCAACAAUACACCGUAUGGCGCCUCAACUCAGCGAUGCGUAUUUUGUCCCAACAGAAAAGCCACCCCGUAUCCCGUAUCGCCUGUUCGCAGUUGUGCUCGAUCGUGCCAAAUUUGUCUCCGAGGCCUGA